CGGUUUCUUUUUUCGGCUUCCAUCCUCCGGUCUGCGCACCAAGCGAAAGCGUGAGGAGAUGGCUCCUCUACUCUGGAAGACGAGGGGAUAUGGACACGGACACGGUGCGCACAACAUGAAGUGAGAGCAGACAAGUAGCAGUGGCGAGGGGACACGGACACGGACACGAUGCGCACAAGAAGAAGUGAGAGCAGACACGUAGCAGUGGUGUGACCCCUGCUGAAAGUGUCUUCGUGUCGGAGACUAAUUAAUAGGGGAGGUUUUUGCUAUGCUGCUCUCGGAGGCAACCCCCAUGCUCUCUUGUCUACAACAGUCAAAUUCUGCCGGACAGCGAAAAUGUGGUGCAUGACUUUCAGGCAAGUUACGCUGACUUGCACAGACAGAAGGCGAACUGCAACUGUGUCCAGUCAUACUGCAAAAGCGUCCUAUCAGCAUGCUCUUCUGCCUCACAGGCUAUCUGCCAUGUAUUGGCAGCAGAUCCAUCUACAUCCAAUGGCUGGCUGAGUCCCUGAGGAAUAUUGAUCCUUUGUGCGGUGCGGUGGAUCACCUGUAGGUAGGACGGGUCUUCCUGAUGAUCACACCCUUAGUUGAGCUAAGAUGGCGAUCGGCUUGCCGACCUCUGAGCUUAGGAUCUAUGACAGGCCCAGUAUGGGCCUGAGAAAUCCUGGCUGUUGUUCUCCGGCAGCCCUCGUAAAGCCAUCUAUUUUAUGCAAGUCUGUUGUAUCUCCUAGCAUAUGGAAGCAUGCGGACAAUCGCGUGCUCCUGGGCGAACCUGGAGGCCGGAUACGUCACUGCGGUUUACAGAGUGCUGGUGUGGAACAGCCAUUGCGGGCUCCUGGUGAUGCAAGUUCCGGCGCGCAAUGCUCGCCAGCUCAGUGCUUGCUGGCGAAGCGGAAUCUCUCAGACUCGAGGCGGUGGACGGGAGGGAGUAACUUGGCACCGGGUGUUUUCCCAUGUGCCAGCUCUGCGUGUCUUGCCAAAGCACGGGGUGAACACGGUCGACGUGUACCAUGUCGAACCAGGUUGGUGGCAGGGAGAGAGUCGUCGUUUCCCAGAUGCAUUGGAGGUGCAGGGAAUCGCCAGGGAAGCACACUUUGCAGGGAGAAGGAUUGGCUCGGUCAUGUGGAGGCGUUUCGGCUCUCUCCUCCACCAGUAUCAUAUUGCAGGAAACUAAGGAAAGCGAUGCUGACAGCCGUGCGAUGUGUGCAGUGGGUUGCACAGGGAAGAGAGAGGGGACAAGGCGGUGAUUUGGAAACAGGUAGCAGCGGGGAGGUUGAUCAGCCGCUGGGAGGAGUGAGGCAGUUCCUGGGAGGCCCUGUUGGAAAGGUGGUGGUGGUUGUCUGCGUCAGUUUAUUUCUCGGAAAGGUAUUUGGGCCCGGAAGGUUACAAAUGGUACCAGAUGUCGGUGAAACUGGGAAGGCAGUUUCUAUGUCCCUGGACAAUACUUGCAAGGGGGUGCUUGCCUGGUCAGCCGCGUCAUGGCCAAAAUUAAGGGCGCUUCUAGGGUUGUUCAGGGACCAAGGGCCAUUGUUAGCAGUGUUGCUCGUGCUGUCUGCAUUUUUUGCUUGUGCUGAGACAGCCAUCACCACCUUGUGGCCUUGGAAGGUGCGAGAGCUAGCGGAGAAGGAAAAGGAUCCGGGUGGUGUGUUCACGAUGCUUCGCAGGGAUGUGACAAGGUUUUUGACGACCGCGCUAAUCGGGUCGACGGCGACCAACAUUGCGGCAACGGCCUUGGUGACAGAUGCGGUCACCCAGCUGUUUGGGGAAGCAGGGAUCGGCGCAUCCACUGGUGUCAUGACGGUGGUUAUUCUUCUCUUGACGGAGAUAGCCCCGAAGAGCAUUGCUGUUCACAAUGCCACCGAGGUUGCGCGCGUUGUCAUCCGUCCCGUGGCAUGGUUUUCUAUCAUCUUGUAUCCAGUAGGAAGGGCGUGCACAGUCAUCUCGAUGGCUUUGCUCAAGUUCCUGGGUCUCAAGAGCUCAAAGGAGCCGUUUGUAACAGAAGAGGAACUGAAACUAGUUUUAAGCGGAGCAGAGAUGAGUGGGGCAAUUGAAGAGGAGGAGCAGGACAUGAUUGAAAACGUGUUGGAGCUGGAAGACACACCUGCCAGGGAGGUAAUGACACCUCUCGUAGAUGUGGUCGCUAUUGAUUCCGAGGCGACGCUGAUGGACCUUCGUAACCUGUGGGUGAAACACAAGUACUCGCGUGUCCCGGUGUUUGAGAAGCGCGUGGACAACAUUGUGGGUGUCGUUUACGCCAUGGACAUGCUUGAUUAUGUCGAGCAGUUGGAUCUGAUGCAGACGCUGACUGUGGGACGUAUUGCCCGCAAGCCUGCAUACUUCGUCCCUGACUCGAUGUCAUUCUGGACCUUGUUGAGAGAGUUCCGCAUCCGGAAAGUGCACAUGGCGAUUGUUGUGAACGAGUAUGGUGGGACGGCUGGGCUUGUGACACUGGAAGAUGUCGUGGAGGAGAUCGUAGGUGAGAUCUACGAUGAGAACGAUUCUAAGGAGGAGAUUAGGAAGCGUGCUGGAUAUGUGGUGCAGAUAGGGGAUGGCGUGUAUGAUGUGGAUGCCAACACGUCUGUCGAAGACCUUGAGGAGGAAAUGGGGGUCGAAGUGCCUGAAGGGACCCAUGGACCGCAUCGUUAUGAGACGGUCUCUGGCUUUGUGUGUGAGGCAUUUGGGUACAUCCCCCGGCCUGGCGAGGCCGUUGAGAUCGCGUUGAAGCAUAGAGGGGAUCCGGACGAAGAGGGGAGGAGCUCUGGAGAGGAUAAGAUGGGUGGCGGUGGCACAGAGGGAGGUAGUUCCGAAGCCAGGCCUGUGGGGAUUAUGAAAUACAGGCUUAAAGUCUUGUCGGGUAAUGUCAGAAAGGUAGGAUCUGUCCGAUUUGAACGCCUAGGCUCUGUUGAUACAACAAAGAACAAGUGGGAUGCCUCCUCUGGAGGCAGAGAGAGAAAAGGGCUCCUUCCGGAGAGAAAACGGUGGCAAGGACUUGACCAGGGGUUGAGAGAGCUUCCAUCCCAGGAUGAGACGCUCGAUGGGUUGGAAGGCAUGGGGCUGGACGUGUCAAGGGGCGAUGGGUCAUCAUCCCCUGUCACAGAUGAACAACUGACCCCAGCAAUUAGUUUUCCUGAUGAUGAUAUUGAAGAUGGGUAUGUCAGGAAUCGCAUGUUCAUUGUUGAUAAUCUCAAUGUAGACGUAAGUGAUACAACAACUGUGAGCUGUACUGAUGGAUUACUGGAACCAAUUACACGCGGAGAGGUCUUGGAGAACACAGGAAUGGGCUAUGGUUCCACUGUUGGAUUGAAUGAGAAGGGCGGGCCGUUUACGGAAGGGAUAUCCUGAGGAGGAGGGGGAGGACAUGCACUUUGAGGGUUAGGCAAGGGCUCUGAUGGUCUUCACACAGAGAGUGGGGAAAAGCUUGCAGGAUGCGGUAAACAGCAGUUGAGUAAUAGUUGGAAGAGAGGAGCAGGACAGGCAGUUUGAGGAUGCAGGCAGGGGCUGUGGUUCAUGUUCACACUAGGGAAAAACAGGUGGAAGAUGGGGGAAACAGCAGUACUAAUAAUGGUUGAAGAGGGGUGCAGUGCGGUGACUGUGGGAAGUCAAAAAGGAGAGGUAGCUAGAGUGCAGCGUAACAUCAGAGUGAUUUGUGAAUGCCACUGUUGUGCCGUCAGCAAUCCCAGAAGCCUGGCAUCUGACUUUUCUCCCUCCUCGACAAAGAAACCGAAUAUCCCCUCCUCUUUUCCUGUCUAGAUUAUCAGCCAUGGCGAA